AUGAUGCGGGGGAAGUCGCCCCGCGCCACCAGCCAGGGUGGCGCAAAGAAACGCAGGGCCGCGCCGAGCUUGUUCGGCGGCCGGCCGAAGAAGCCCAAGGGCUCGGCCGCGGCGACCAAGCGGGAUGAAGCAGCUGCGAAGGCCAUCCGCUUCCACAAGGCGGGGAAGGAGCCGCAGCUGGUUUCUGCUGCUCCGCUCUCUCUCGAGAAAUCGGCCGCCGCCUCCAUCGUGGGGUCGGCGGAGACUUCCACCACCACUCGGCGGAUCGACCCGGCCGCCGACCUCCGGGAGGCAAGGGAGCGGAACGUGCAGGAAGCGCGCGAGGAGCAGGAAGCCGCACGCCUGGAGAAGGCAGAAGCAGAGAAGGAGGAGGCCUCCGCCCUGAAGAAACUGGCGGAGGCCGAGGCAGCUGACGCGACGAAGAAGCAGGCCGAGGAGGCCGCGCACCACCAGUCGGCGAUAUUCAUCACUCCCCUGAACUCUGCGCCGCCACCUCCGGAGUUCGUGGCGCAGACUGGGGAAGUCGGCAACGAGCACCCGAUCAUGGAGAGGGACGACAGCGACGUUGCCAUGCUGGACGUGAUUGUGCCUCCACCGCCACCGUCCGGGAGCGCGCAAGGCGAGCAGCCGACGGACCCGCCGAUGCCGCCAGCUGGAAACGAGGAUUAUCAUAACCUUCGUGCUGCCGCCUUCAGCUCCAAGGUCCAGGAGUUGGAUCAACGUGCUGUCGACUUGUCGGAGAGCCGGAAGGCCAACGCCGCCUUGCAGCAGCAGCUGGGCGAAGCCAACACCAUGUUGCGCGCUAAGGAGGAGGAGUGCAGCAAGCUGGCUGAAGAGCGUGACCGGCUGGUCGCGCAAUUGGCGAAGCAUGAGGAGCUUCUCAAGAAGGCCCGGAAGGAGGCGGAGGACAAGGAGACAGGCCUCCUUGAUGAGUUCGCGACCUAA